AUGGGUUUUGCUCAGAAAAUCGCCGCAGCUCAGAAUAACCAGAUGGCCAAUAGUGGUUCAUACGGAGGUGCACCUCCAUCGGGGUAUACUGGGGGUCCUCCUGCAGCAUUGCAGGCCGGUGGAUCGAAAGAAAAAAAAAAACCUGCUAACAUUUUCUCAGAGUCAACAGCAAUACCAGGCUUAUUCAGGAUCCCCAGCCCCUCAGGGAUCGGUAAGCCAUAUUUUUCCUUAACUUUUUUUUGUUUCCCCCCACUUCACUACCCCUCCACGGUCAUCAUUUCUCUGGAACAAUGUCGGGACCUUACCAAGGAUAUCCUCCAUACGGCGGCUCAUCUCAACAGAAUCCAUCAUCUCCCUAUUCCAGGCCUCCCCCAUCCACGCCAUACCCCGCAUCUCAGCCGCAGGGCUAUGGCCGCCCCCCUCCACCCCCACCAGGUCAGCCCUAUGCAUCCGCUAGUUCGCCUUACCCGGGUCAGCAACCGGGACAGCCCUAUGCUUCUCCUAGCUCGCCAUAUCCAGGACAGCAUGCACAGUCGCCUUAUCCUGGUCAACAGGCUUCCCCACAAGCGCACCCUGGACAACAGUAUCCCGGACAACAGCAAUACGGACACCAACCUUACCCUGGACAACAGCCGUCAUAUGUACACAAUCCCCCUUGCCCUGUAUCACUGCCUGUUUAUGUGCUUCAACCAGACACCACCCUACCCUUCUCAGGGCGCUCCGUACCCCGGUGGCCAGGGCCGUCCUGGGCCCUCGCCUGGACCACCCAGUGGACCACCACCGGGCCAGUAUGGUGCACCAAGCGGACCACCACCAGGCCAGUAUAGUGCACCAAGCGGACCACCACCGGGCCAGUAUGGCGCACCAAGCGGACCACCACCAGGCCAGUAUGGCGCACCAAGCGGACCGCCACCAGGCCAAUAUGGCGCACCAAGUGGACCACCGCCAGGCCAAUAUGGCGCACCCGGUGGCGCCCCUCAUUCUACGAUUGAAGAGAAGCGUAUCGGAAGCUUCUACCCCAAAGAACGACUGGACCGGCUUGUUCAGACUCUUGCCGCCGAAGCACCGGGAAAGCUCAACAAGCUGAUUCAUGAAUGGUCCGUGCCCAUGGAGGUUGCGACCGAUGUCAUGAAGCUCUCACUGUUCGAUGUGAUUCUCUACGUUGAUGACAGUGGAUCAAUCGAGUUCGAAGAGAAGGGACUCCGAAAGGAUCAACUCAGACAGAUUCUCGGUAUUGUAGCUACUGCUGCAUCGACCUUCGACCAGGACGGUAUUUCUGUGCGGUUCAUGAACUCCAGUGAAAAGGGCGAUGGCAUUCGCAGCACAGAGGAUGUCGAACGCUUGGUGUCCCGAGUCCGUUUCUCGGGCUUGACCCCCCUGGGUACCAGCCUGAAGGCCAAGGUCAUCGACCCGAUGGUCGUUCAACCCGUUCGGGCCAACCGUCUCGAAAAGCCCGUGCUGGUGAUCACCAUCACUGACGGACAGCCUGCUGGUGAGCCUCACGAUACCGUGGGUAAUACCAUUCGCUACGCAGUAGCAGAGACCUCUCAGACCCAUUAUGGCCCCGGCGCUGUAUCCUUCCAGUUCUCGCAGGUGGGAACUGAUCAGCGGGCUCGCGACUUCUUGGCUUCUCUGGACGAGGACCCUCAUAUUGGACACCUGAUUGACUGUACCUCCAACUUUGAGGUUGAGCAGGAUGAGAUGGCCCGUGCUAACCCACCCGUGCAUCUCACUCGCGAGCUUUGGUGUGCUAAACUGAUGCUCGGCGCUAUCGAUUCUUCUUACGACACCAAGGAUGAGCGAGACAACCAGCGUCGGGGACCUCCACCUCAGUCCACAGGCCAGUACGGAGGAGGUUACGGCCAACCUCCCCAGGGCCAAGCUCAGCCUUAUGGCGCGCCCCCUGGUGCCCCUCCAAACCACGGCUCCCAGUCUGGCUACCCACAGGGUCAGUACCAACAGUCUCAGCCUCCCUACCAAGGAUCGCGGGGUGGAUAUGGUCAACAGCCACAGUAUCCAUCGCAGCCUGGCUCUGGCCAGUAUGGACCACGUUAUUGA